CCCGCCAGACGUGCACAUCCACCUCCUGGUGCUGCUCACAUGUCAGCUUCCCAUCGCCCCCCAUCCCUCUCCCCUGCUGCUUCCCCUGGGACACUCACACUUCCUCAGAGCCCCCAGCCCUGCUGCCUGCCCCCCCCGAGCUGGAGGUAGCCCCCAUGCAGCGCACAGCCAUCCCGGAGCCCAGGCGCGCAGCGCUCAGGGGCCAGACGGGCCUCCCUGCGCCAAGAUGAGUGUCACGUCCUGGUUCCUGGUGAGCAGCGGCGGCACCCGCCACCGGCUCCCACGGGAGCUCAUCUUUGUGGGACGCGAUGAGUGCGAGCUGAUGCUGCAGUCCCGAAGCGUGGACAAGCAGCAUGCGGUCAUCAACUACGACCGGGACAGGGACGAGCACUGGGUGAAGGACCUGGGCAGCCUGAACGGGACAUUCGUGAAUGACGUGCGCAUCCCGGACCAGAAGUACGUCACACUGAAGCUCCAUGACGUCAUCCGGUUCGGCUACGAUUCCAACAUGUACGUGCUGGAGCGAGUGCAGCACCGGGUCCCCGAGGAGGCGCUCAGGCACGAGAAGUACACUAGCCAGCUGCAGGUGAGCGUCAAGGGCCCGGCGCCCAGGAAGGGCGAAGCGCUACCCCAGCACGCCCCUUACUGCGAGUCCUCAAGCCCCAGGCCGGAGAGGGGGGACCGGAGGCCGGGAGCAGGGUGGGCCUGUCGCCCCCGUGCAGAGGCAGCAGCCUACCGGACCCCCCUGUAUGGGCAGCCCUCCUGGUGGGGCGAGGAUGAGGGGGAGAGCUCGCGUGAGGACCGGCGCCCAGAGGAGCCCGACCCAGAGCGGCCCAAGGCGCUGACACAGCAGGAUAGGGAGCUGGCCGCGACGAUGGGCGGCUUCCGGGCCACAGCAGAGCCUCCCAGCUACUCGUUCCGGCGGGAGCCCAGUUACUUUGAGAUUCCCACGAAGGAGGCCCCGCCGCCACGGCCCCCCGAGGCGCCGGCGCAGGAGGCCCCCACCAAGGACGUGGAGCCGGGCGUGGGCGGCGUGGCCCCCGUGGUACAGAGCCACGCCUCCUUCACCAUCGAGUUUGAUGACUGCAGCCCCGGCAAGGUGAAGAUCAAGGACCACGUCACCAAGUUCUCCCUGCGCCAGAGGAGGCCCCCUGGCAAGGAGACCACACCCGUGGAGGCCGUCUCCGCGGAGACCAAGGUGGCCGACUGGCUGGUGCAGAACGACCGCAGCCUGCUGUGCCGCGCCGGCCCCGCCGACGACCGCCACAGCACCAAGAGCGACCUGCCCGUCCACACCCGCACCCUCAAGGGCCACAAGCAUGAGGACGGCACACAGAGUGACUCGGAGGACCCUGCGGCCGGGGCGGCGGCGGCCGGGGCGCCUGCGGAGGGCGGGGGCGCGCAGGCGCGGCUGCAGAGGCAGCUGAAGCGGGACCCCCAGGAGCUGCUGCACAACCAGCAGGCCUUCGUCAUCGAGUUCUUCGACCAGGACACGCCCCGCAAGAAGCGCUCCCAGUCUUUUACGCACACCCCUGCCGGGGACCCCAAGGCCGAGAAGCGCCGGGGCCCUGCGCCGGCUGACAGGGACCGCUCAGGGGCCCCGGCCCCGGCGCGGGGGACGGGCGGCGCUGCGGGGCCGCAGCGGGCCAGCUCACUCAAGCGGGAGAGGACAGAGGAGCGGCCGGGGGGGUCCUCGCCCGCUCCCCGGGCCUCGCCGCGGCCCUUCGGCAGCGUGGGGCGCCGUUCCCGUCUGGCCCAGGACUUCAUGGCUCAGUGCCCGUGGGACGGCUCCCCGGCCGCCCGGCCCGGCCCCGACAAGGCACGCCCAGCGUCGCCCGCCCCCGAGACUCCCCGUGGGGCCAGCCCCGUGGCCCCUGCGACCCCGCCGCCGCCCCCCGCUGACCCCCAGCUGACCAAGGCUCGGAAACAGGAUGAGGACGACAGCCUGAGCGACGCGGGGACCUACACCAUCGAGACGGAGGCGCAGGACCCGGAGGUGGAGGAGGCCCGCCAGAUGAUCGACCAGGUCUUUGGGGUACUCGAGUCUCCUGAGUUCUCCAGGGUGCCCUCGGCCACCUUCCGUCCGGUCAUCCGAGGGGACAGAGACGUGACCGGCGAUGGGGUGGCCCAGCGCAUGGCCCUCCUGCAGGAGUUUGCCUCCCGGCCAGUGGGCAUGGAUCCGCAAGGGGGGCUCCAGGGCCUCACAGCACCGGGCUCCCCUGGGGGUCAGAAGUGGGUAUCCCGCUGGGCCAGCCUGGCUGACAGCUACUCGGACCCAGGCCUGGCAGAGGAGAGCCCUGGGCGCAGAGCCGGGGAGCUCGAGGGGGCCCUGCCUGUGCGCCAGCGACGGCUACUCCCACAGCUGCCCAGCGACCGUGCAGACAGCCCUGGGGGCCUUGAGGCUGCCAGGAAGAGCGGCCCCGGGCCUCCGGAGCCGGGCAGUGAGCAGGCCAGCUGCCUCUUGGGCCAGGAGGACUUGGAGCCCGACAGCCUCAGCGAUGCCAGUGGGUCGGACGGCGGGCGGGGCUCCGAGCUGGGCGGGGGCCCCUGCGAGGAGAGACGCAGGAGCCCCCAGGAGGGACUGGCGUGGACGAAGGGCCGGCGCUCACCAAGGGCACCCGGGGAGCCAGCCCCUACCUCUUUCUUCAUUGGGGACCAGCAUGGGGAGACGGCCUUCCCCAAGAAACCGUCGGUGGCUCCAGCGGAGGUAGAGGGCCCAGGGCGGGUGGCCCAGGCCAGCCCCCCGGCGAGGGAUGGCGUCUAUGUCAGCACCAGCGGGAGGAUGGUCAUCCAGCUGCGGACUGGGCGGUCCCCGGAGCCCGAGGGCUCUGCCCCGGCCUUGGUGCGGCAGGAGAGCUUCAGCAAGGAGCCGGCCGCUGGCGCCCCGGUGCCCGGCCAGCUCCCACACAUCUCCAGCCACCCCCUCCUGCAGGACCUGGCUGCGGCCCGGGCCUCUCGCAUGGACCUCCACUCACAGGAUACCCACCUGAUUCUGAAGGAGACAGAGACGGCCCUGGCGGCCCUGGAGGCCCGACUGCUUUCCAAGCCCACGGACACAACAGAGGGCGAGACGGGCAGUGCCCCCGGGCCGCCGGAGGACUCCCUGUCCGGGGACUCUGACCUGGACACAGCUAGCACUGUGAGCCUGCUCAGUGGUAAGAACGGGCCCAGCCCGACCGGCGCCCAGCCCACGGGCAUGCAGAAGGACAAGCCACCGUCCCCGCCGGCAGCGCAGGACACGGGGACUGUGUCCUCGAAUAGCACCCGGGACAGGCUGUCAGAGAAGCGUCACCCACCGGGCCCUACCGAUGUGAGGCGCCUGGCUGUGCGGCGUGGCCCUGGACCCCGGGUGUCCUCAGACUGGCCUGACGAAGAACGAGGCUCGGGCCUGACCCACCCGCCUGGCACAGACACGGUCACCUCUGACCACGAGCCCCCCAUGGCCGCCGGGACAGGGCGGCCAGGGCCUCGCCGGAAGCCAGCGGCCCCGCUGCCGUCUCCAGCUGCCCGGGAAGAGCAAGGCCGCGGCUCCGCCGGCUCCCAGAAGCUGCAGCAGGUGCUGACCCGGUCCAACAGCCUGUCCACACCCCGGCCCACUCGGGCCUCCCGGCUGAGGCGGGCCCGGCUGGGCGACACCUCAGACACAGAGGCUGCGGACGGGGAGCGGGGACCCCCAGCCCACCCGGAGCCGGCGGGACGGCCAGCUGCUGAGCAGGCCAAGAAGCUGUCGCGUCUGGACGUCCUGGCCAUGCCCCGGAAGCGGGCCGGCUCCUUCACGGGGCCCAGCGACUCGGAGGCGACCCCCGCCCGGGCCGGCUUCUCCGGCCGCAGCGUUGAGCUGUGCUGCGCUGGCCGCAAGCCCGUCGUGGCCGAGGCACGGACCGCCCCCAGGAAGGCCACCAACUCCACCACGGCGCCCCGCCAGCCCUUCAGCAGGGCCCGCCCGGGCAGCGCCCGGUACUCCUCGCCCGGCACGCGCCGGCGGCAGCAGGGCUCCGACUGCACAUCCACGUCCGAGGAGGAGUACGGCUCCCCUAAACACGCCCGCGCCCGCACCUCGGCCGCCACGCAGACCCCGCGGGCCGGCAGCUCCGGCCGGCCCCGACCCCGGGCCCCCGGCCUCCGGGACACUGACGACGAGGAGGACCCUGACCCCUAUGGUUUUAUUGUGCAGACGGCCGAGAUCGCGGAGAUCGCCAGGCUGAGCCAGACGCUGGUGAAGGAUGUGGCCAUCCUGGCCCGGGAGAUCCACGAUGUGGCUGGAGAUGGGGACUCCUUGGGCUCCCCGGGGCCGGCCCGGAGCCCCUCCGUGCCCACCACCCCUGCCUCAACCAUCUCCGCCCGUGAGGAGCUGGUGCAGCGAAUCCCUGAGGCCAGCCUCAACUUCCAGAAGGUGCCACCUGGCUCCCUGAGCUCUCGGGACUUGGACCAGAACAUGAACGACCGCUGUGAGGACCCCCUCACCAACAAGAUGCGGCCGCGGAACCGCGAGGAGGUGAUCUUUGACAACCUGAUGCUGAACCCCGUGUCCCAGCUGUCCCACGCCAUCCGAGAGAACACGGAGCACCUCGCCGAGAAGAUGAAGAUCCUCUUUCAGAACACAGGGCGCGCCUGGGAGGAGCUGGAAGCCCGAAUCAACUCGGAGAAUGAGGUGCCCAUCCUGAAGACGUCAAACAAGGAAAUCAGCUCCAUCCUGAAAGAACUGAGGCGCGUACAGAAGCAGCUGGAAGUCAUCAACGCCAUCGUGGACCCCAGCGGGAACCUGGACCUGCUGGCCGCGAACCGGGGCCCGGCGGGCUCGGCCCAGCUCGGGAAAGGCCGGCCGGCUGCCCAGAGCCCAGUGUCACCUCCCAUGGCCCUGCCUCCGAGGAGCGUCCCGCAGCGGGCCAACCGCGGGUCCCCCGGCCUCCCGGGCCCCGCCUUCCUCCCGGACUUCCUCCCCGACGCGGAGAGGCUCCCGAUCUAGGCGGUGGGGCCACGGCCGCGGCCCUGUCCCCGGCGCCUCCAGCGCCCGUCGUUGCCACUGCGGCCCUUCCCGCUGCGGGCGGUUCGCACAGAGACCCCCACACGUGCCAUAACCCCUGGGCAGGGGCCCUGUGCCCAGGCCCCUCCCUAACUCCCCGCAGCACCCCAGCUGGACGCUCCGGCCGCGUGGCCCAGCUCGCGCUGGGGCCCCCGCUGAGGGCCUGCGUCACAGGCGUGUGCCCUGCCUCCUCUCCACGCUGUUCUUUGUGUCUUUAGUUUUUGAGGGAAGAGUCGUCUGUGGCGUCGCAGCUGCUCCCUGGGCCCGGAAGGCCCUCACCCGCCUCUCGCACUGGCCGGGGCCGGCCCGGGGGUCAUUCAGUGCCAAACGUGGAGCUGGGAGGGGCUGGCAGUGCCCCAGGGCUGGAGGGCAGGGUGCACGUGGCCGAGGCCCUCUCAGCCAGCUCUGUGGCCCAGUGUCCUGGGGCGGGGGUGUGGCCCGCGGAGACGUUUGGGGCGGGAACCCCACUUCUUUGGUGCCAACGCAACUGCCAAACCCACCGAGUGUGCUGGCUGCUGCCCCGCGGGCUGCGCACGGGGCACGUGCGCACACCAGGCGCGCGUCCACACUGCAGGGCCGGUGGGUCUCAGCUCAGGACGCUGGCUAGGCCGGGCUCCCUGCAGUUCUAGGCUGGGGGAGGGGGGGUGUGAGCACUGGACCGAAGUGGCUGGAAACCAGGCUUCCAGAGCCUCCCUAGGCUGCACGCCCUCCCCCACCCUCACCCCCGUCAUCCCUUAUGCUUUGGGCAUUACCUGGGUGUCUCCGU